CAUGCCACAGGAUCCUGGGCAAAACAGGUCAGCAGCAGCUAGGCAGUGCUAACCAUGGCUAGCGGAUACCAGCUGUGGGCACCCUGGUCCCCAUUGGAUGAAUCUCUGCAAUGGCUGCGGGGUGCUGUGCCCAGACCAAGCAGCACUAAACACCCUUUCCGGGGAGGGCAAAGCCCAGCUACUGCCACUGAUUUGGAAGUGCAACUUUGCUUCCAGGGGCUAAGUCUGGUGCUGGAGUCUAGUGCUAAGAGUGGGAUGAAGCAACCAUUGGCCUCCCGAUUGGCAGGAGAACCUAGGGCAUGCAAUGGGGCUGUGCACAAGCCACAGGCAGUGAGACUUAUAGGGCUUGACUCAGUCUUUGGGCAUCUAGUGACUGCACAGCCUCCCCACUGGACUGGCUCGCUGAGAGUUUCAGAGCGUUCAGCCUUCUGUCAAGUGAUAAGUCCCCAGCAACGCAGACCCCAUGGCCUCCGUGAGCCACAAGUGCACAUGGCUAUGGCUAUGUGUCGACAAAUGCUGCGUGCCAUUCUCUUACUUUAUGCUGCCUACAAAAAAUGUGCCUUUGCCUUACAACAUUCCCGCUAGGACUGCCCUGAGCAAAAUCAAGACAAGCUGGGAUCCUUAAUUGCAAGAGACAUUAUCUCAUGCCCAUUAUCUGUAUCCCCUACUACUUCAGAAAUAUCAACUCAGCCUUCAACUUAUUUCCUGGAAUUGUCAACUUUGCUUCAACAUUUAUGUUUUUUAGAAAUCAAUCUAUUUCCUGGAAUAACUACUUAUCCUUUUUAUUCCUCAACCCAGUUUUACUGAACAAAAUGAAGCAUUUAACUUAACAACAUCAAUCUUGCAAAAAUCCAGAAGAACAUCAACACUCAGAUUGUUUGUAGACAGAAGAAACCAAUCUUAUUGUUCCUCUUCUUUUUGUGAAGAAAGGAUUACAAAAGAACAUUUACAAAUAUUGUAAACAGCCUCCCUUACAGUAUCUGGCUCAUGAAUGAAAGAACUGGAUGGCAAUUAUAUAUAGAAAAAGCUUUAAAUAGUCCAGACAAACACUGAAGUUCAAAUGAAACCAUUUUCAUCCGUUCUCCCUGGGAGUCUUCAGAGAUUUGUCUGCCACUCAGUGGAAAAAAAAAUUCCACAGGUUGCCUGGUGCCCAUAUAUCAUUUCAAUCUAGACAAUAAAAUACCAGGUAGUUGCCUUUAUCAAAUGUUUUAAAAAUUGUUUAAACAUUCUAAGAGACACAGAAUUUGUCAAGAUGUUGCAUGUUUUAAACUUUAAAAUAGCAUUGUUACAUGAACAAAAUGGAAAAGAAAUAUGAACUAUUAAAUCAAUAAUGAAUCAAGGGUAAAAGCAAAUUUCAAAAUAAUAAAUAUAGGAACAUAAUGGAGGAAGUCUGGGGAAAACGUUUAAAUGAAAUAUUAAUUAUAUCUUGUGUUAUCUAAGUCUUUCCUACUCAUAUGCAGAUAUUUGAUACCAAAAAUUCCUUCCUAUGUUACAAAUGUUAAAAAGAGAAGCAACAUCACAUAAUUAUGAGUCAUUUCCCCCAAGGAAAAAGACUAUAUCAACUAAAAAUUAUAUGAAGUUCAGGAUUUAAAAUAAAAUGAAACUCCCACUCCCAAGCCAAUAAUGCUCCAUUUUUUUCUAUUGUCUAAGCCAUUGUCUCAAAAAAAAAAAAAAAAA